GACAUGCCGUGCGCCCCUCAGCGAACGCCGGAGAGCGCGAAGGGCGGCGGCGGGGCUGACAGAGAGGGAAAUGUCAUCAGUGGAAUCACACCAGGAACAGUUGUCUCAGUCAGAUCCAUCCUCAUCAUCAAACUCAUGUAGUUCCUUUGAGUUAAUAGACAUGGAUGCUGGCAGCCUGUAUGAACCAGUUUCUCCGCAUUGGUUUUAUUGUAAGAUAAUAGAUUCUAAGGAGACUUGGAUCCCUUUCAACUCUGAGGAUUCACAGCUGCUGGAAGAGGCAUACAGCUCUGGAAAAGAUUGUAAUGGGAGAGUUGUGCCCACUGAUGGGGGUAGAUAUGAUGUUCAUUUGAGGGAGAGGAUGCGGUAUGCUGUAUACUGGGAUGAACUAGCAUCAGAAGUGAGACGAUGUACCUGGUUUUACAAGGGAGACAAAGACAAUAAGUAUGUUCCCUACUCAGAGAGCUUCAGCCAAGUUUUAGAGGAGACUUACAUGCUUGCUGUAACUCUGGAUGAAUGGAAGAAGAAACUGGAAUCUCCCAACAGAGAAAUUAUUAUAUUACACAAUCCAAAGCUCAUGGUACAUUACCAGCCAGUUGCAGGGUCUGAUGAAUGGGGUUCGACACCCACUGAGCAGGGUCGACCAAGAACAGUAAAGAGAGGGGUUGAGAACAUCUCUGUUGACAUUCAUUGUGGGGAACCUUUACAAAUAGAUCACCUGAUUUUUGUAGUCCAUGGGAUUGGACCAGCCUGCGACCUUCGCUUUCGAAGCAUUGUACAGUGUGUUAAUGAUUUUCGCAGUGUUUCCUUGAACUUGAUACAGACGCAUUUUAAGAAAGCCCAGGAAAAUCAGCAGAUUGGGAGAGUAGAAUUUCUUCCAGUCAACUGGCACAGUCCUUUGCAUUCUACUGGUGUGGAUGUAGAUCUGCAACGAAUAACUCUGCCCAGCAUUAACCGCCUCAGGCACUUCACCAAUGACACAAUUCUGGAUGUCUUCUUCUACAAUAGCCCCACCUACUGUCAGACUAUUGUGGACACAGUUGCUUCUGAAAUGAACCGAAUAUACACACUUUUUCUGCAGAGGAACCCUGAUUUCAAAGGGGGUGUAUCCAUUGCUGGUCAUAGUUUAGGUUCGCUUAUAUUGUUUGAUAUCCUAACAAAUCAGAAAGAUUCUUUGGGGGAUAUUGACAGUGAAAAGGAUUCCCCAAAUAUUGUUAUGGAUCAAGGAGAUACACCAACACUAGAGGAAGAUUUGAAGAAACUUCAACUCUGUGAAUUCUAUAAUAUCUUUGAGAAGGAGAAAGUAGAUAAGGAAGCUCUGGCUUUAUGUACAGACAGAGAUCUUAAGGAAAUGGGAAUUCCCUUAGGACCAAGAAAGAAGAUAUUAAACUAUUUCAGGACCAGAAAAAAUUCAACGGGUAUUAAUAGAUCAACCCUGCAGUCAGCUUCAGGGGCGAAAAUCCCCAAAGAAUCUGAGUUCUGCAGUAGUAAUGAUGAUACUAGAAAUGAUGAAUAUCUGGAUGUUGGCAUUGGGCAGGUGUCUGUAAAAUACCCCCAGCUGAUCUAUAAACCAGAAAUAUUUUUUGCCUUUGGAUCUCCCAUUGGAAUGUUCCUGACUGUUCGAGGACUAAAAAGAAUUGAUCCCAAUUACAAAUUUCCAACAUGCAAGGGUUUCUUCAAUAUUUAUCACCCUUUUGAUCCUGUGGCCUAUAGGAUUGAACCAAUGGUCGUCCCAGGAGUGGAAUUUGAGCCAAUGCUGAUUCCACAUCAUAAAGGCAGGAAGCGGAUGCAUUUAGAACUGAGAGAGGGCUUGACAAGGAUGAGUAUGGACCUUAAGAACAACUUGCUAGGUUCAUUGCGGAUGGCUUGGAAGUCUUUCACCAGAGCUCCAUACCCUGCCUUACAAGCUUCAGAAACUGCAGAAGAAACUGAAACAGAACCUGAAUCAAGUUCAGAGAAGUGUAGUGACAUUGACACAGAAGAGACCUCUGUGGCAGUUAAAGAAGAAGCCCCACCCAUCAAAGUGGGAAUGCUGAAUGGAGGACAACGCAUUGACUAUGUACUACAGGAGAAGCCAAUUGAGAGUUUUAAUGAAUAUUUAUUUGCUUUACAAAGCCAUCUAUGCUACUGGGAGUCUGAAGAUACAGUGUUGCUGGUCCUCAAAGAGAUCUACCAAACCAAGGACGGACAUUGAGGGAUCCUUCCCCAGAAAAUCUGCCUGUUGCUGCAAUUUCCCUCUUCUCAGCUGCAUCAUUUCCUGCAUGUUGCCUGCCACUUACUCAUCAUUUGGGUCUUUGGAACAUAAUCUUCAUUUUUGGAAUUGAGUGGAAAAGCAAAGGGACAACCCUAUUACUUUUUACCACUGGCUUCAUAUUCUUUCUUCAUAGCUGGGGGGGUCGUUCGCAUCUUUAAUUCUUUUUUUUUUUUUGUCUUUUUUCGUG